CGGGACUGCACCGCUCAGACCCGCGCCACGCGUCUGAUCCCGCUCGGCUCGCUGCUCCGUGCAUCCACCUCGCGCUAGGCCUUCUCUCCUUCCUGGCCCAGACAUGGCCUCAGAUGCCCCUCCCGCGGCCGUGAAGAUUGGAAUAAUUGGUGGGACAGGCCUGGAUGAUCCAGAAAUCUUAGAAGGAAGAACUGAAAAAUAUGUGGAUACUCCAUUUGGCAAGCCUUCUGAUGCCUUAAUUUUGGGGAAGAUAAAGAAUGUUGAUUGCGUCCUCCUUGCAAGGCAUGGGAGGCAGCAUACCAUCAUGCCUUCGAAAGUCAACUAUCAGGCGAACAUCUGGGCUCUGAAGGAGGAGGGCUGUACACAUGUCAUAGUAACUACAGCUUGCGGUUCCUUGAAGGAAGAGAUUCAGCCUGGUGAUAUCAUCAUUAUUGAUCAGUUCAUUGACAGGACUACUAGAAGGCUCCAGACCUUCUAUGAUGGGAAUCAUUCCUGUGCCCGAGGAGUGUGCCAUAUUCCAAUGGCUGAGCCAUUCUGCCCUGAAACCAGAGAGGUCCCCGUAGAGACCGCUGAGAAGCUAGGACUCCGGAGUCACUCAAAAGGGACAAUGAUCACAAUUGAGGGACCUCGUUUUAGCUCCCGGGCAGAGAACAUCAUGUUCCAAACCUGGGGGGCGGAUGUUAUCAACAUGACCACAGUUCCAGAGGUGGUUCUUGCUAAGGAGGCUGGAAUUUGCUAUAUCGCCAUGGCAACAGAUUAUGAUUGCUGGAAGGAGCAUGAGGAAGUGGUUUCAGUGGACCGGGUCUUAAAGACCCUGAAAGAAAAUGCCAAUAAAGCCAAAAGUUUACUUCUCACUACCAUACCUCAGAUAGGAUCCAUGGAAUGGUCAGAAACCCUCCAUAACAUGAGGAAAAUGGCCCAGUUUUCUGUUUUGUUACCAAGACAUUAAAAUAGCAUGGCUGCUCAGAAGACAAGGUGACUUUCUAAUUCCAGUCAUUUGGGGAACUUCUGCUUGAGAAAACAUAGAAGAGACAUGCAGCUUUUGUACCCUUGCCUGCUAAAGAAGAACAAGUAAUAAGACAAGACAUUGCUUACAUCAGAGAUGCCGUCUAAGAAACUUGGAAAAAAAUAAAAGAAAAAAAAUAGAAGAUUUGGACUGCUUCAAAUAACAGAAGGAAAGCAAAUAACCAAUAAACGUGAGGAAAUUUUUACACUUUAGAAAAAAAGAUGACACCUUUCACCAUUCCCCCAUUAAAUUUGUAAUAAGAAAGGUAAGCAGUAACAUACCUAUGUUGCCAAGGAAUGUGAAGAAGAAACAGCUAUUAGACUGUUGAUGUGACUGUAAAUUGGUAAAGUGUUUUUGGGGGGCAGUUUGGUAAAAUGUAUCAAAAGGCUUAAAAAAUACCCUUUGUGCUGGUUACUUUACUCCUAGGAAUUUAUCUUUAAAAAAUUAUCAAAGAUACAGAGUGAAGUGAGUCAGAGAAAAACAAAUAUUGUAUAUUAACACAUAUAUGCGAAAUGUAGAAAGAUGGUACACAUCAACCUGUUUGCAAGGCAGAAAUAGAAACACAGAUGUAGAAAACAAACAUGGACACCAAGUGGGGAAAGCAGGGAGAGUUGGGGGGGGGAAUGAAUUGGGAGAUUGGGAUACCAAAUUGUACACUCUAAAUAUAUGCAGUUUAUUGUAUGUUAACUAUAUCUCAAUAAAAGUUCUUAAAAAAAUUAUCAAAGAUAAAAAAGAAAAAAAUUAACAAGGAUACAUACAAAUAAUUAUGUAUAAAGAAGGAUGUAUAACAGUUUUAACAGCAAAUAGUCAAAACAAUCUGAAUAUCCCAACAACCGAAGGUAAAUCAUGGGUAAGCUCUAGUUAGAUUGUGAAGCAGCCAACUGAACAUGGUUUCACAUAAUAUUUAAUGUACUAAAGAAAUCAUUGUUGUAUAAUAUGAAAUGGGGAUAUGUAAGCAUUUUACAGUACUGAUUUUAAAAUUCUACAUAAAUAUAUACAAAGAAUAGAAAGAAAUAUAUAUACUCUUUUGUUACUGUAUUUGGGGGGAGGGAUACUGGAUAAAUUUUUUAUUUUCUUUAUAUUUUUCCAUGUCUUAACAUUUUUCUACAAUAAAUAUAACCAAAUAGUGAAGUUUUAAAAAUCAAAAUGGGCUUAGAAAGAUCCAGUUCUUAAAAACGCACUGUUUCUGGUAAUUCAGCAAAAGUUAAGAUGGCAAUACUAAGAGGAGUUCUUUUUGAGUUCUUCUUUAUUUUGUUAAAAAAGAUAAUGAUUGUAUAGUCAGAACAAUAUUUGGGUUUGCAACAGUGUGAGAAAGGCUGGGUGUUUAAUAUGGAGCUAAUCUUAAAUUAUUUAAGAGACUAUAUACACACAUUAUAGUGUCUGAUGUUUUUUAAAUUGAUACUUGACUAUAUGUUUCUACUCCUUUUUAUGAUUUGAUGAAUUAUUUUAUAUGAGUUGGUGAUUUUUGUUUUUUAAUAAAGAAAAUGGAAGCUAAAAAAAAACAGAUACUCAAAGAAAUAAAGGAAGAUGUGAAAAGUUGAAAAAAAAAGAUGUGUGAACAAAAUGGAACUAUCAAUAGAGAGAAAACCUAGAAAGAAACAAAAAUGAAAUUCUGGGGCUGGAAAGUAUAAUAACUGAUAUGAAAAUUUCACUAGAGGCAUUCAAAGGCAGAUUUGAGUAAGCAGAAGAAAGAAUUAGCAAGUGGAAAUUAUCAAGACUGAAGAACAGAAAGGAAAAAGAUUGAAGAACAGCAGAGACUAAGGGACCCGUGGAACAGCAUCAAAUGGACCCAACAUAUGCAUCAUGGGAGUCCCAGGAGCAGAGGAGAAAGAAAGGGGCAGAAUAUUUGCAGAGAUAAUGGCUAAGACUUCCCAAUUUGAUGGAAGACGUGAAUGUAAAUAUCCAAGAACCUCAACUGAGGUGCAGUCAAGAGACCCACACCAAGACACUUACGUCAUGCCACUUUUGCAAAAGACCUACAUUGGUACCUGUUUUCACU